GAAUGGCUACAUGCAUAUACUGGUGGUAGACGUGGGAGAAAUUUUAUUUUACAAAAACCUUGUGAAUGAGAGGAACACGUCACAAAAGGAAACCAUGGUGACGUUUCCGUUAAUAUUACUUUUCACGAUUAUUUUAAUCCAAGCUAUAAAUGCUCAAAACAAGGGUAAAACGGUCGUCGACAAAACGUUGAAAAAGCUGAGUAAAUAUGAUAAGACUGGAAAUGAAUUUUUGAAAAACAUUGCCAAGGUGGAAUCGAGAUAUGGUAUGGAUAAAAACACGUAUAGAGAGGGAUAUCACGGUGGAAUUUGGCAGGUGGAUGAAGUUGGAUUUAAAGACACACAAGAUACGAAGUCACAUUCGAAAUUAAAAGAACGCUAUAAAAAGAUAAAGGAAAUAUACGGAAUCGACUGGGAGAAGGUUACAUGGAAAGAGCUGGAAGAUCCGUUCAUGUCUGCUUUGGCUGCAAGGUUAUAUUUACAAAAUAAGCCAAAAUAUAAAGAGAAUGAAAACUUACCUUCAAAGGAUGACAUAGAUGGGCAGGCAGCGUACUGGAAAAAAUAUUACAAUACAGAAUCGAAGAAAGCAAAGGGGAAAGUAGAAGAAUACAAGCGACGAGCAACAGCAGUCGAAGAUAAAUCAUUUGGGGACCCCCAUCUCGUAAAACAAAUCGACGAAGUUGGUGAUCAGGUCUGUUAUACCCUGAAAGGAAAACCGGGGGAUUUUGUUAGAUUAUUCCAAGCUCCAGAUAUAGGAUUGACUGUCAAUGUCAGGUUCCGAGAGGAGCAAGAUGACGUGCGUGUUUCGAAGUGGUUGGACCAAGUUGCAAUACUAGCAGGGGAUAUAACCGUUGCUAUGACAAUGCAUACGAUUACGGUUAACAGUGUUGAUGUUUACGAAUGGUCUGAAAGACAACUGGAAAUUGCUGGACUUGAUAUCAGGGUAUCGCAGAAUCGUACUACUAUCUCGCUUCAAGCCCAUAGGGGUGUGAACAUUGACGUGAUGAAAUCAAGCAGAGGCUUUAAUUUCGAAUUCGAUCAUAACAUUGAUCUCAAAACAGAUGGAAUAUUUGGACGACUCGGUGACAAGAUUGCAAGUGUGGAGAAACAAAGUAAACACAAUGCCCUCAUUGCACUUGUUAAUGGGAUGGAAAUAGAAUCAAAACUCCGGAAACGUGGACGUGGUGGAUUCUGUUGGAACCUGCCGAAGGAUUUCCUCACAAAAGCGGAGUUACUUACAUUUUUGGUGGAGUGUUUGCUGUGCAAGAAUUAA